GGGGACUCCACUAACUUUGUAGUUCAGCUUUGGGGACCGCUGGGAUCUUCUGCUCUGCGCCGCCGCCGCCGCAGGCAGGACGGAGCCUUUGGUCGAGAAGAGAGGGCACGGAGCCCUAGCCAGAGCCAUUGCCCCCUGCAGAGCCGCCGGCGUGUCCCGAUGGAGGGAGCCAGAGCCCCCAAUGCCAGUUCUCCAGAGCUGCUUGCCCUCCCAGGCCUGCUCUUUGCCGCCACCUUGCUUCUCCUGGCCCUGUUCCUCCUCACCAGGCGCACCAGGCGCCCUGGUGAACCUCCCUUGAUAAAAGGUUGGCUUCCUUAUCUUGGCAUGUCCCUGAAAUUCCGAAAGGAUCCAUUGGCUGUCAUGAAAACUCUUCAAAGGAAAUAUGGUGACACUUUCACUGUUUUGCUUGGAGGGAAGUAUAUAACUUUUGUUCUAAACCCCUUUCAGUACCAGCUCAUAAUGAAAAACCCCAAACAACUGAGCUUUGAGAAGUUCAGCAGACAAUUAUCAGCGAAAGCCUUCUCUGUCAAGAAGCUGCUAACUGACAAUGACCUUAAUGACGACAUUCACAAGAGCUAUCUGCUCUUACAAGGAAAAGCUUUGGAUGGUCUUCUGGAAAGCAUGAUCCACGAACUAAAAGAAAUAUUUGAGCCCCAACUACUCAAGGCCACAGAUUGGAAUACAGCAAGAAUAUUUCCGUUCUGUAGCUCACUGGUGUUUGAGGUCACACUUACAACUAUAUAUGGAAAAAUUCUUGCUGAUGACAGGAAACAAAUUAUCAGCGAGCUAAGAGAUGAUUUUUUGAAAUUUGAUGAUAUGUUCCCGUACUUACUAUCUGACAUACCUAUUCAGCUUCUAAGAAAUGUGAAAUCUAUGCAGAAGAAAAUUAUAAGACGCCUCACAUCAGAAAAACUAGCCCAGAUGCAAGGAUGGUCAGAAGUUGUCAAGGAUAGGCAGGAUGUGCUGGAGAAAUACUAUAGGCGCGAAGACUUCGAAAUAGGAGCACAUCAUCUUGGCUUUCUCUGGGCCUCUAUGGCAAACACCAUCCCAGCUAUGUUCUGGGCGAUGUAUUAUAUUCUUCAGCAACCAGAAACUAUGGAAGCACUGCGUGAUGAAAUUGACAGCUUACUGCAGUCAACAGGUCAAAAGAAAGGGCCUGGACUCUCCAUCCACUUCACCAGAGAACAAUUGGACAGCUUGGUCUGCCUGGAAAGCGCCAUCCUUGAGGUCUUUCGGCUCUGCUCGUACUCCAGCGUCUUCCGUGAAGUGCAGGACGACAUGAAAUUCAACACAGAGACUAGGAGCUACUGUCUGCGAAAGGGAGACUUUGUGGCUGUCUUCCCGCCAAUCAUACACAGUGAUCCAGAAGUCUUCGAAGCUCCCGAGGAGUUUAGGUUUGAUCGCUUCCUGGAAGAUGGUAAGAAGAAAACAACCUUUUUCAAAGGAGGGAAAAGGCUGAAUUAUUACGUCAUACCAUUUGGAUUUGGAACCAGCAAAUGUCCAGGCCGAUACUUUGCAGUUAAUGAAAUGAAGCUACUAUUGGUCAUAUUUUUAACUUACUUUGAUUUAGAAAUAAUUGACAAGAAGCCGAUAGGACUAAACUACAACCGCUUGCUGUUCGGUAUUCAGCACCCCGAGUCUGAUGUCUCAUUUAGGUACAAGGCAAAAUCUUGGAGCAGCUGAAAGGCUGGCAGAGAGGCUUAGCAGAGUGGGGCUGCCUGUGCUGACCUCUGUGGUUUGUUGGAGUCUUACAAAUUCGACUGCUAUAUUUGUUUGUUUGAAAACAGGAAAUGUAUAUUUGAUUUGAGAUUAAUCCACUUUGUGUUUGGUCACAAAAUCUAUCAUAAAAUAAAACAAGGUGGUGGCAUAAAAAAUGCCAUGGUAAGAAUUUCAGACAAAGUUAAUUUAAGUGCAUAUGCUUUUCUGGGAAUAUAUUUGGCUCAGGGUGAAUUUUUUUAAGUUACUGAAAUCCGCUAAUAUGAUUUCUUGUACUGCCAGAAUGUGUGCCAUCAAUAGACAAUCUCACAGUUUCCAAAUUUCCAGAGAAGAGGGAAAUUAAAUCCCAUGAGUUACACUGUUUGAAAAUAUUCCCUUCGUGUAUAAUAUCAAUAAUGUCUAUAUCACAGAGCACCUUUGUAUUAAAUGAGUUUUGCAAUAGAUUAAAUUUUCCAACUUCCCUUCCAUAUCUCAUCAUCCAUAAAUGUUCUUUAUAACUUUGUAUUCUACAGCUCAAUCAGACAAAACUUGUUAUGUAAGACUUCUCAUGUUCAAGUUAGAUAAUGUUAAAAUGUAAUGCAUAAGAAAA